CCUCUGAUUGGAUGGUCAGAGAGCUAAGCCAAAGCUCGCGAUUCCUAUCUGUAGCGACCUGAACAAGCUAAAACGUUAUCAUAAAUGUAUAAAUAGAUGUUUUAACUCCCACAAUGAUUGACGGAGGAGACGGUAUUGAUUUUGUAUAGUCCGAAAGUCAAGGUGGACUUUUCAAAAAUAAAGCUGGACGUUGUGAGGAGAGGCAGCCAACCCCAAAGCUAGCAAACCUGACGGUGUCAGCAGGUGGUUUGAUUCAGGUCAUGUUUUCUUUAAGACAACAGAGUUGAAAAGAAGUACAGCAUUUACUGGCAUCUGUCACAAGGAAGUACAUAACUGGGUUUGGUCCGUGGCAUGUUGGUAUAAAAGUGCCAGAGCAGGAGGUUUAUCCACAUACCACCCGGCAACAUGAAGGUCCUGCUUCUUAUGGCGCUGCUGCUCCUGUGUAGCACUCAAGUGCUCACACUCAAAUGUUACACCUGUGACGAUGGAGCGGACUGUAAGACGGAGACAGACUGCCCGCCAUCAUCGGUGUACUGCAAAACCACUGCGCAUGGUGAUGAAUUUUCUCGAACUUGUGAGGAGGAUUGUGAUGAGGACUUUUUCACAACCUGCUGCCAGCAAGACCUGUGCUAGAAGUGACACACCUCUCUGCUUUCCCUUUCACUUUCUGAUGAAUCAAAACUGAAUGAUUUACAUGAAUUAGAUAAAUGUGCAAGAUGAUUUGUUAGUUCUGUAAAAUGUACUGUGACACUCUUCUCUUUGGUUCUGCUUUCACUGCAUUCUGAUAGUUUUGGCUGAGAACUGUUGAGCUUCAUUCAUCAUCCCUGUUAAACUGCACUAGACACUAGUAGUCACUAGUCGUGUUUCUUUUUCUUUUUUUAUUUCGUAAACGUAUGCUGGAAGCAGGGCAACCACACACACACAAACACACAAACUUAAUCCCUUCCUAAUGUCACUUAGUGGGUCACUGCCACAGCCGACUGCUAUGUGGGUCGCUGUCUGCCACCACUGAAAUGUAAAGUUGGACUCCCGCUGUCGUCUGUUUUAAAAUCAGUGAAAACGAAAGCAAAUAAAGAAACUGAAAUGAUUUAAUCAA